AUGGCAUCAAAUAUGCAAGCUAUUAAACAAAUGAGACCAGCAAUCGUCAGUCUCACCCAACAACAAGCUCGUAAAAGAUGUUUCAAACUUUAUAGAAAUUGCAUGAGAUCAGUUCCACAUUUAAUUCAACAUUACAAUCUUUCAUAUAAUAUUUCAGAAAUGAAGGCUAGAAUUAGAGCAAUAAUAAUUUCAAUGACAAUUUCAGUAAUGAUUGCAAUAGCAACAUCAAUAACAACUACAAUAGCAACAAAACCCAUUGAAAUAUUAACAGCAAACUUUGAACAAUUUAAAGAUGUCGAAGAAGUUUCUCAAUUAGAUAGAUUAGCAUUUAUUGGUGAAACCGAACUUUUUGAUGCCAUGUCAUUAUUAAAAACUAGAUCACAUGUUGUCAAUUAUUUUGAUACCCCACUCGAAAGUAAAGCCAAUAAUAGAUACGAUCAAUUAAGAUUAGCAUUAGAAGGCAAGAAGAAGGUCGAAAUAUAA